AUGAUUGAAGAAUUGAUGUCUGACGUUUCCAGGUCGAUAGUGCCCACGGUCGGAGAGAGUAUGGAAACAAGCGAAAAUAUUGAGCCACCGAGUCAGGUAAAACAAAGAGUGGAAGCGCUUCAAGAAGCCCUCAAGAGAGCAGAGACGUCUGAUUGUGGUAAGCCAAGCAUGGAAUCAUUUAUAGAGACGAACCAAGGCAGAACCCGACGUAUUCGACUGGACAGCAGUGUGCAGGAGCUUGGAGUGCACAUUUGGGGAGCCUCACGAAAACGGAGCAAGCAACGCCCAUUGCGGGUGAAGUUGUUGUGCAACAAUUUGCGAACUAUUUGA